GUAGUUCUGCCGCCUCCAUCGCCAGUUGUCACCGCGAGAGACGAACUCAGUUUCCCAGGUGGCUGUGCGGAAGCCACUCUGAAGUCGAACUUCUGGAGAGUUUGAACCCAGCCGCCGGCAACAGUAGCAGGCAUUGGUUUGGCACGGUGGCGCGCGUAUCCUGGAUCAGGGACGGUCUCCACCAAGAUUCGGCGCAUUCAAAUCCCACCUAACAUUUUAUAUCAGAGUAUCUCACUUUCCUCCAGUUCCUCAGGAGCGCCCCGCCCUUGCUUAGUACCAGAGACGUAGUUUGGUCUGAUAUUGCACCCCUACCCCAAUACUGCAUCCCCACUCCCCUCUUUCGAUCUAACGUUGUGGCCUUUCCUGGGUUGUACCUUGGGAGAGCAACGGCACAAGACGCCAAGGGAGCCAGACUCCCGCCACCGGGAUAUGAACCAGAGCUUGAGUUGGUCUGAGCAGCUUGAUGUGCUUCUCAAUGCAACUGAUAGAAAUGUGGCCCGGAUUAAGCAGCGGCUGUAUCCCCUUGAAGUCACCACUGCAGGGAAGUAUUCAGGGGACCUGGCUGGGACCUGGAUUUCCCCUCGUCACUUGCCUCCCCAGUCAGAAGUGCUAGCUCAACACCCUUGGGCUCUGGAGACUCCCAGUGUCUCAGAGAGGAGGAGCUGGACUGGGACCUACCGUCCACCCUCUCUCUGGGAUGAAAUUACUCUUCUUCGAUCCCAGCUUCAGUCUCAGGCUCAGGUGACCGAGGCACUAAGGCAGUCUGUACAGGGUUUGCUGCAAGAGCGAGAACAGCAGAAAUACAAGAUCAGUGCCCUGGAAGCAUCACUGAAGUUGCUGCAGGGGGCGCCAGAAGACAGGACCCUUUCCCUGGACCAACGCUUGGAGAUUCUGAGAAGGGAGCUGCAGGGCCUUCGGAGCCAGGUACAAGAGCAGGCCCAAGGCCAAGGCCAAGCAGGACCAGGAAGGGGCAGUCAGACCAGAGGGCUUCACCAGGAGCUGCAGUCUGAGCGGCAACUGUUGUGGGAGGAGUCAGAGAUUCUGCGGCAGGAACUGAAGUUGCUGCGGGACCAGCUGAGCCAGCACCAGGAGCUGCUCCUGAAACAGGUAGCUGAGGGGCGGCAGGCUCAGGCCCGUAGCUGGAAGGUAGGACCAGGACCAGAUCUUCUCUAUGUAGGGUACUGGGAGGCCAAUCUUGGGGAGGGGGUUUCCUCCUGGAGAGGGAGAGGUUUGGUUCUACCUGGGCCCAUGAUCUGGCAGAUGUUGCAGCAGCUGCAAAGUGGUCACAAGGGUCACGCUCUGGAGGUUGCCAUGACAGAGGUCCAGGAUGCCCGGCGGGAGCACAACUUCCUCAGGACCUCUGAUGAUGUCCUCCAGUGUAAGCUGCCCUUUGCCACCACCAUGUCUCUUUCUUCAUAUAGCUCUGAAGUCAAUCUUCCAGGUGGUAACGGUAGCUGGAAACUUUUAAAGAAGCUAGUUAGGGGUAAAGGCAGGGAUCCCAGUUCUGGGGGAGGCUGACUCUGAAUGGGUGCUUAGAAUGGAGUCUCUGCCUCCUUCUUUGUGAAUCUAUCAACCUCUGCUGCUGCUUCUUCCAAGUCAAGGUUUGUGUGUCCUUCCCUACCAGACAGGCCCAAGGCCUAGCUCUGUACGUUUCACAGUGCUCGCUGAUGGUUGGUUUUCUUUUCUCUUUCCCUUCCUUAGUUCUCCCAAGGAGCACCCUUCCUAACCUGGAGCCCAGCAGCUUUCAGCACCAUGGCCUGAGUCUUGAGCAAGA